GUUAUCUGGGUUGUCAAAAUCACCAAAACCAAACAAAAAAUAUCGUCCUCGUUUUCGCUUAACUUUGGUGCAACUAAUUUCGAUCGGCAAAUUCCAUCAUCAUAAAACAAGUGCGACAUGAGUGACGAGUACCUGAGCAAGCCCCUAUCCUUCGGAGCACCAGAAUCGCGCGGAAUCGCCGGAACUCCACAGCUGCAGCCUCUGUCACCCUAUCUGAAUUAUGAUUCGCGUUUGCUGCAGGCCCAGCCCGAGUUCAUCUUUCCGGAAGGAGCGUCAAAGCAACGGGGCCGUUUCGAACUCGCCUUCUCGCAGAUUGGCUCUUCAGCUAUGAUCGGCGCGUGUAUCGGGGGCAUGGGCGGAUUGUACAACGGGCUCAAUGCGACAAAAUUGGCCAACCAGACCGGCAAGCUUCGUCGAACUCAAUUGUUAAACCAUGUGAUGAAACAAGGAGCAGCGACCGCCAAUACGCUUGGCACGAUAGCGGUUAUGUAUUCGGCCUUUGGUGUGCUCUUGCAGUGGGCACGAGGAGAAGAUGACGAAUUCAACACUAUCGCCGCGGGUGGUGCUACAGGCUUGCUUUACAAAUCCUCUGCUGGCAUCAGGAAGUGUGCCUUGGGCGGCGGCGUUGGCUUAGCUCUAACCUCUUUAUACGUUCUAUGGAACAUGACAGGCGGAGGAUCACGAAAACUAAGCGACUUAAAGUCCCAAUAUAUAUAAAAAGGGAGCAGAAUAGGAUAAUCAGGACUAAAGAUCAUUGGCUAAUAAGGCCAAGCAGCAACAGGAAGCGAGCAUUAAACUCAUUUUCUCAGUGGAGGCUCGUUCCGUGUGUACUAGUUCAGUAAAAAGGUACUUCUGUAAGAUGUGUUCCAAACAUAGCCCUUUACCAAUAAACAGACAACAAUCCCUACAAUA